AUGUUUCCUUUGCAACGUUUAAUAUUUCGUAUGAAACGUUAUUUUCUUCGAUUUAGUAUUGCAUGUCAUAAGCGACAUAAAUUUAAUCGUUUAUUUCGACUUUGUCUUAUUCUUAUUGUUGGCCUUCUGAUUUUAAAUAUAGUUAAUGGUGUACUUUUUUCAACAAUAUUAUUUCUUCAAGAAAGUUCGGAUGAGCCCGAUUACGAUCUUGACACACGUCCAUAUUAUAAAACAAUCGAAAUGGAAAAACGUUUUGAUAUAUCAGGAAAUUAUUUAAUUGUACAAAAUUUUAUGCGAUAUCAAAGUAAUCUAACAAAAAAUGCUCACUUACUGGCACUUAAUUUACAUACCAAUAUUGAAAAUCUUCAUCUUUUACUAAAUCAUACUAAAGUUUGGGAUGGACCAAUAUCAUUAAGUCUAUAUGUCAAAGGUAUACGAGCUAGUGAUGAUAUUGAUUAUGCAUCGAUAUGGCUCCGAUGCAAUCGCAGAUUAUUCAAGGUACUAAAUAUUCAUCUUGUAAUGUCAGCAACAGCAUAUGAACGUUCAAUAUCGAAUCAACAUCAUUCUCAUAGUAUUAAAUAUGCCGUCCGUUGUCAACAACUAACCUAUAUUAAUCAUACUGAAGAAACUGAUUCAACUCCAUAUCCAUCAAAUCUUCUUCGUAAUAUAGCUCGUUUGGGCACAACACCAUCCACUGUUCAAUAUAUUCUAACACUUGAUAUCAAUAUAUUUCCUGUUUCGGACUUAUUUCAUCAUCUUGUUUCAUUCUAUACUCAAAUAAAACUGAUCGAAGAAUUUAAUCGCACACUUUAUGUUAUUCCAGCGUUUGAAAUUCAUAUCGAUACCGUAAAACGUGGAACGCCAUUACCACAAAACAAGCGUGAAUUAAUUUUACUAUGGAACGAUAAUCAAUUACAGCCAUUACAAGCCGAUGUUUGUCCUACAUGCCAAUUUCUAACAAAUUAUCAAGCAUGGAAACAAGAAGCGAGUGAAGAUAAAAUAGUUCCACUCUUUCGACCUCAUUAUUCACAACCGUGGCAACCCUAUUAUAUCGGACCCAAAGAUGUGCCAACGUUUGAUGCACGUUUCAAAUCUCAUGCGCAUGCUAGAAUAAGUCAAUGUUGUGAAAGUUUUAUGGCUGGUUAUGAUUAUGUUGUAUUAAAUAAUGUUUAUCUAUAUCGAUUAGGAUUUCUUGAUAAAUCUCAAUUACCAGCAACAGAAUUCAUGGACGAUGAUACAUCAGUUUUACUUUUCGAUCAAUUUCUUGAAGAUCUAGCAAAACAUUAUUUAAAUACAACGAGAAAAUAUAUGGAAAGAGAGGAAAUAAUUAAUUCGAUAGAUACACAUUUAAUUAGUGCACCUCCAUCUCGAACAAUUGAAAAUCGUUUAAAGCAUUUUUUGGGUUUUCCAAAAUCUAUAAAUAGUGAAUAUAUUAAUGAUGAUGAACAAUGUUCUUGGUCUUCGAAUACACUUCUAUGUGCAACUGUCUUUCUUGAAGAUGCAGUUAAUUAUCAAUGUAUAACGCAUAAAAUAACAGAAAAAUAUUUAUUAAUCCACCGAUGGUGUUCAAGUCCGAUGAUAAAAAAAAUCCAUCAGAUAAUGUUAAUAAUUAAUCUUUGCUUGGCAUUUUUUGAACGACCAUCUUCGUUUAGCGAAACAUCAGAUGUUCGUGAUAAACCUGAUCGAAUUAAUUUUCCAUUUUUUAUUUUAAUGGUUGUUGAAGGUGUAACACUUGUUUGGUUUAGCAUUUAUAUUUUUACGAAAAUUGCGUGUGUUGGUAUAAAACAGAUUCAACGGCGAUUUUGGAUAAUUAUUUUUUUAAUUGUUGUCAUCUAUUCAUUAUGUGAAUGGUUUGUAAUGUUAGUCUUUCUUAAUCAACUAUAUCACGGUAUUCGUCUACGCCGUAUUUUUCGUCCUGUAUUUAUGAUUGAAUCAUCGCCAUUGAUGAAAAAAGCAUUUCAAGCUUUAAGUGCAAAUGCUUUAACUAUUAUUGCUUCUAUUUCUUUGGCGCUUAUUCAUAUUCUUUUCUUUGCUGCUAUGGCUAUGUUUCUAUUUCCACGAUCCGAUAAUCGACCAGAUAGUCAAGGCAGUACUUAUUUUUCUACUUUGCAUGAUGCAGUUCUUCACUUACUUGUGCUUCAUUCAACAGCGAAUAAUCCUGAUGUAAUGAUGCCUGCUUAUUCGGAUUAUCGUUUGAAUGCAUUGUUCUUCAUAAUUUUCGUUAUUAUUGGAAUUUAUUGGAUACAAAAUAUCGUAACAGCAGUAGUUUACCGUGCCUUUCGAGGUUAUUUUUUAAGUUCAAUUGUUAACUCUCAAUUGCGACGACGAAUAGCUGUUCGAGCUUCGUUCGAAAUAUUGAAACAACGUACGACACAUGGAGGUUUGAUUGAAACAAGAGAUACUGUACCAAUAUCAGUUGUUCAAACUGUAUUAAAUUGUGCAUCGAUGAAUAAAUGGCAUACCAAAUGGAUUAGUGAACGAUUAUCUGAAUUAAUGCUUGAGAAUGAGACAAUUAAUCUUGAUCAAUAUUCUAAUACAAUGAAAUUAUUAGAUUUAAAUCCUAAAUUAUCACCAGAACUUCACAUUCAAACAUUAGGUGGCAAUAUGCUCGAUCGUUGUAAAGCUAUUUGUCGUUCGAAAUACUUUGAUUUAAUUGGUACAAUAUUUGCUAUAUUAAGUGUUCUUUUUGUUACAAUUGAAGUUAGUAAUCGUCCUGUAAAUACGGAUUACAUGGAUUUAGUUGCAUUUACAUUACCGAUGGCAAUAGCUAAUUGUUGCUUUUUAUUUUAUUUCGCUCUCGAAAUAAUUCUUAAAGCAUGGGCAUUUGGGCCACUUAAUUUUUUUCGUUCAUCAACUAUGUGUAUAUUAGAAGCGACCGUCGCAUUUACAUGUUUCAUAUUACAAGUUAUAUUUUUGGUAAUACAUGGCACACCGAUUGUUUCAAUGAUUUAUCUUGAAAUGGUAAAGAAACAAAAACCGAUUUUCUCACUUUGGGCUGCAAUAAAAGUGUGCAAUAUGCUAUUCAUCUAUCGAUUAGUUCGUUUCUUACCGGCAUCAAAAAAUAUUCGAAUUAUUGUUGGAACAAUUUUUGAUGAAUUUCGAAAUGGUGGAGCUUUCUUUGGCCUUCUAUUCAGUUUUUAUUAUGCAUAUUCAAUUCUUGGAAUGGAAUUAUUCGGCGGUGUCAUGGAUGAUUUUUACAUACGUUAUAAUAAAUCCAAUAUAACAAUUUGUGGUACUUAUGAACAGCUUGAAUAUUGGCCAAAUGGAUUCGAUGAUUUCUAUUCAUCGAUAAUAACGUUGUAUAAUGUAAUGGUUGUAAAUCAAUGGGAUAUUUUCGUUGACGGAUUUCGCAAUGCAACAAACUCCUAUUGGAGCGAAUUAUAUUUUAUAUUUUGGUAUUUAUUUGUAACAAAUAUUGGACUCAAUGUUUGUCUUGCAUUGAGUGGCGAUAUUCAUGAUGCUAAAAAACAACGAGCUGAUCAAAACGAAGAAUUAAUCGUAUCGAAUAUGUAUGACAUUUAUCGAUCUCAAAUAAAAGAACCAUCUUCAGAAGAAAUUACAGACCAAUUAAACAAACAUCCAUAUAUCAAUUUUUGUCAGCGUUCUGCUGAAGGCAUUAAUCUAUCUUAA